UCCUACACCACUUCCGGCGCGGAGGUGGCGGAGGAGGCCUCAGCGCCAUGGAUAUCCUGAAGCGGGAGAUCAGCCGCAAGCGGCAGCAGUUGGAAGACAAGGAGCUGGUGGGGGGAAAUAAGAAAUACUUCAAACGCAGUGAGUUAGCUAAAAAAGAAGAGGAGGCCUACUUCCAGAGAUGUGGCUACAAGGUGCAGCAGCAAGAAGAGGAGGAGAAGCCUCUGACUUCAACAAAUCCAGUGCUGGAACUUGAACUGGCAGAAGAAAAAUUACCAAUGACUCUUUCCAGACAAGAGGUUAUCAGGAGGUUACGGGAGAGAGGCGAGCCGGUCAGACUGUUUGGAGAAACAGAUUAUGAUGCAUUUCAACGUCUGAGGAAGAUAGAAAUUUUGGCACCUGAAGUGAACAAGGGCCUGAGGAAUGACCUGAAAGCUGCCUUGGAUAAGAUUGAUCAGCAAUACUUGAAUGAAAUUGUAGGUGGCCAAGAAGCAGGAGAUGAUGACUCACAGAACGACUUGAAAGUCCAUGAGGAGAAUACUACUAUUGAAGAACUGGAGGCUUUGGGAGAGUCCUUAGGACGGGGUGAUGACCACUAUGAUAUGGAUAUUAUCACAAAAUUCUUGAAGUUUCUUCUUGGAGUUUGGGCGAAGGAGCUGAAUGCCAGAGAGGACUACGUGAAGCGGGGAGUGCAGGGAAAGCUGAACAGUGCCACUCAGAAGCAGACAGAGUCCUACCUGAGGCCACUCUUCAGAAAACUUCGGAAAAGGACACUUCCUGCAGACAUCAAAGAAUCAAUAACAGAUAUUAUAAAAUUCAUGUUGCAGAGAGAAUAUGUGAAGGCAAACGAUGCCUACCUCCAGAUGGCCAUUGGGAACGCGCCGUGGCCCAUCGGUGUCACCAUGGUGGGCAUCCACGCUCGAACGGGUCGUGAGAAGAUUUUCUCCAAGCACGUCGCCCACGUUCUCAAUGAUGAAACUCAAAGGAAAUACAUUCAGGGGCUGAAGAGGCUGAUGACCAUUUGCCAGAAGCACUUCCCAACAGACCCAUCGAAAUGCGUGGAGUACAACGCUUUGUGAGGCUCUGGGUGACCAAGCAUGCCUCACACUGUCAUCUCCUGGACUUGGAGAGCACUGAGGAGAUGGAGCAGUUUGUGCUUUACACCGACAGAAACUGAGGGUGGGCUUUGCAAGAAAGCAUAAAGCAGAUUUCUCUCCGGCUUCCUUUGAACAAGCCCCACUUGGGUAGAUUUCUUUUUCAGUCUUUACGCUGACCUGAUCCCAGCUCCAGCUUUGUAAGGGUGGGGUGGCCACGACCAGGGGGCACUGAUUGUGACCCUCACUUCUACUUCAGUUUGCUGUUCCCAACGUUGUGCAGGCUGACCUCAACCAAUCUGUUCUGCCUCGGAGCUGUAGGUGAGACUCAGAGGCCGUGUGGAGUUUGUUGGCUGCUUUCCCACUGGAGGCUGAUGUGGGAAGAUGGGGAAGCAGUCAAACUUCAGUCUCGUUAUUUCUGUAAAUAGGAAGAUUUUAAUGGCAAAUCUUUCAUGUGGUAUUUGUGGGGAAAGAAGAAGUUUAUAUAUUUCUCAGCUGAAAAAUACACCCAGUUUCAGUGGAAAGAGUUUUUGAUCUUGAGUUCAUCUGAUUUGGCUUGUUUUUUUUUUGUUGUAUAAUGACAUUAUUAAUAUAAACCUCCUGAGCUUGG